AUGAUCCUUAUCUGGUGUUUAAGAUUUGCCAGGAAGUACUCUCUAUGGUUCUUACUAGCUAUCUUAUACAUCACAAUUGUUAUAUUUUAUCGAAAUUUAUUGCUUGCUCCAGUAUUUGAUUCAAAUAUAAUAAGCAAUUAUACAACUACAUAUCCUUAUAUAGCUUUAAUUGUUGACGACAGAGCUAGUCAAGAACUUAUCAAUGCUGUUAUCAAUGUUUUACAGCAUAUUCCAACUGAUUGGAAAGUUCAAAUUAUUAUACCAGUUGAACAUUGGUCGUUCUAUAAAACAUCUUCUCUGUCACCAUCGAUUAUCAAUGGUCGUGUUUUCAUGACACCGCUCGACUUUCCACGAGUGGAUUUUACCGGUAGCGAAUACAUUAAUUUACUUCUAACAUCUGCAUCAUUUUGGCAUCAAGUACAAGGUGAAAAAAUAUUGUAUUUUCAAACUGAUUCAACUAUCUGUUCGACUUCAUCACAUAACUUAACAGAUUUCUUACAGUAUGAUUUCAUUGGUGCGCCAUGGCAUAGUGGUGGUUGUUGUAAUGGUGGAUUUUCAUUACGAAGUCGAAAAAAAAUGCUUCAAUUGUUAGAAAGUGAUCGUGCUCGUUAUCGAUUGCAUGAAACAAAUGAAGAUGUUUGGUUUACACGUAAUUUACCUUAUGUUAAUGCUCGUAUUCCUUCCACUCAUGUUGCAAAGAAAUUCUCAGUAGAAAGUAUUUAUCAUUCUCGACCGUUUGCUGUUCAUAAGCCAAAUUUGAAAGUAUUAGGUUCAGUUAAUAUGAAACGUCUGUGCAAUGAUUGUCCAGAAGUUAGAACUAUUUCUUCUCAUUGUUGA